AUGGCGUCGCCAAACCGUAUCAUAAUUGAUACGGAUCCUGGAGUUGACGACAUUCUGGCGCUACUCCUAGCAUUCUCAGCAAAACCCGAAGAACUAGAGGUACUUCUCAUAUCGCUCACAUUUGGCAAUGUAGACGUGCAGAAUUGUCUCCGUAAUGCUGUAUCACUGUUUCAUCAUAUCGAGAAAGAGCAGGAAUGGCGAAGAAAGAACGGAAAGCCGGAAGGAUUCGAGACGUUAAGAGCUAGCAAGCCGAUUGUGGCUGUUGGCGCGGAAGAACCUCUAGCAGAUCAAUUGAUGAUGGCCGACUAUUUCCACGGCGUUGACGGAUUGGGCGGUAUUCAUUCCAGCCAUCCCCAUCUCACCCCGGCAGAGAGCUGGAAGAGUCUGUUCGACGUUGCCGCCUCAUCCGGCAACGAUGACGAAGCGGAAGCAGCCCGCGAGAUCCAAGCCUCAGAGGCACCCUUCACGCCAUCCCAACUGCCCGCCCAUGAAGAGAUGCUCCGCCUCCUCCGCGAGAACGAACCAGACACCAUCACUAUCGUAGCCAUCGGCCCCAUGACCAACCUCGCCCUGGCCGCAGCAGCAGAUCCAGAAACCUUCCUCCGCGCCAAAGAAGUCGUUGUCAUGGGCGGCGCCAUCGAGCACACAGGAAACAUGACGCCCGUUGCCGAGUUCAACACGUACGCGGACAGUAUCGCCGCCGCGCGUGUUUAUGCGCUUACGAGCCCGAAUCCAAAGACGACUAUGCCGCCUGUGCCGCCUGCGCCGCCGGGGAAGCAGUCUGCGGAGCCGCCGCCGCCGUUUCUGAAGGCGUAUCCGGAGAAGCUGUCGAGGCGGCUGAAGGUUAAGCUCUUUCCGCUUGACAUAACCGAACGCCACGUUCUGACCCGCGGCACCUUCAACUCCAUCGUCGGGCCUCAACUCGACGCCGGCUCGCCCCUAGCCGAGUGGAUGACUGCGUUUCUCGGCUCCACUUUCGCGAAGAUGGAGUCCCUGACUCCAGGCGUCUCUGGCGACGUCGUUGGACUCGCUCUUCAUGAUCCCCUCUGCAUCUGGUACACCCUCCUCGCCUCCUCCCCGCACUGGACCCUCGCCGCCGCCGCUCCCGAAGACAUCCGCGUGGAGACGAGCGGGCAGUGGACGCGCGGCAUGUGCGUCGUGGACCGCCGGAACCGCAAGAAGCGCCUCGACGACGACGGAGAAGGCGGACAGGUACCGAGCGAUGCGGGGAACUGGCUUGGUGUUAGGAGCGGGAACCGCAUUGACAGGGUCGUGGGCACGCCUGGGGAGGAGAGGUUUGGCGGGGUGCUGCUGGGGAGGGUGUUUGGGUGA